UUCAAUUUGAUCAAAAUGCAUCAAAAAAAGACAGUGGUCCUUAAAUCAAAAGAAUCCGGAUCAAAUUGUGAAAGGAAUCGAUCGACAGGUGCUGCUGCUCAACAGAAACCAAAGAAAGUCGUCGAAUCCAAGAAGCGUCGACCAAAGAGCAAGACAAAGUCUCCGGAAAAGGAAGAAAAAAAAAGAGAUCAGAAAAAACGAAAGUCGGCUUCAAUAACACCGUCGACUGAGUCCACUAUGAAGACAAGCGACUUAAUAAGCAGUAUCGGAGACCAUACUGAAGGAGAACCAUCAAAUGGAAAUACCAAGUUUGUUAGCCACCUUCACAAAAAACAAAAUUCAACAGAAGAAGACAAAAAAGUGCCAGAAAAUAUAGAAAUGAAAAAUGGCAGACGACCAGUGGUUUAUGUGGAAGAAGAAAAGGAGAAAAGUGAAAAGAAGUUCCAUAUGAUCCUGGCGCAAAAGUUUUUUAAACGGAUGAUGGAAUCACAAAAGUCAAUGAAGAACCCUAGUUUGAAGAAGAGAGAUGAUAACCUCGAAGUGAUGCCCGAGUCAUGCCAAGUGGCGAACUCUGUGAAAAUAAUCAAGCGACGAUCCAGAAAACAUCGACCACUCGAUCGAAACAUCUUCAAGGAGAAUGGUGAACCAGUCUGGAUUGUCCCCGAUCGAAAAGAGCCAGUAAUGACAGAGGACGGAGUCAUGACAAGAUAUCCUGAGCUACUAGCGGCGGUUGCUGAAGACGGACUGAAGAUUGAGGAUGGAAAGCAAUGGAUUGGGCUGGUCGAGGAUUAUACAACAGGGAAAAUGGAUGAUGGGAUUAUUGAGGAGAGCAGAGACCAACUCAACCCAUAUGACACGAUGGCUGCGCUGCAAGAUCGAUCUGAGAAGUUCUUCAGAAUGAACUCGGUGAAUUACUACACCAUGUCGAAUUUGUUGACUUUGAGUAAAGAAGCGAUUGACCGAUUUGCCGCUCAGGAGCAGACAACAGCAGCGGAGCGUCGUAGGAAGGAAGAAGCUCUGAAGACAUCGAAAGAAAACGGCAAUGAAAAUGAGAAGACAUGUGUGGUGACGUCGAUUACGUUCAAAAUGGAAAGCACGUUUAGCAUCAGCUAUGAUAGACGUCGCCCGGUGCUCUCGAUUCAAAAGUUCCGUAAAAAGUACAAAAAACGUCUCCGCUCAGCGAUGGAUCAGGCAAGAAGAGGUUCACGAGAGGGCUCACGGGAGCCUGUUUCUCGUGAAGGAUCACGAGAAUCUGCUUCUCGCGAAGCUUCUCGUGAGAAUGCGUAAGAGGAGCAACAACGAAAGAGCACUUUAUGAUUUUCUUGGUAUUAUUCAAUUCAAUACAAACGGGCUAACAUGUCAAUAAAUCUACUU